AAGGAAGUUAUCAGCAAAGUAGAUUUAAAAAGUCAGUGGCCUGAUAUGUAAAGAGACCCUCCUAGUCAAAUCAACUCAUUUCUGUCAGCCGCCUGCAGAGCCGUCGGACUUGAACUGCUGUCUUGAGAAGACCAGACUGGAGCAGAAGGUCCCACAGCUCAACAUGCUGCUCUUCAUCUUUUUGGCUGCUGUUUCCUCUGCAGUUGAUGAGAGAGCCAUUUAUGAGCCAAAGGCAUUAUGUGCACCAGAAGGAUCAACUGUGAGGAUUAACUGCACAUACAAAGAUCAAAGAGGAACUACUGGUGUAACAGAACUGUGGUUUUAUGGUUCUGUUGAAUACAAGACACAUCCUGAAGGAGAAACCAUUGUGUAUCACACAGAUAAGAAGUUAAUAGCAAACAGUCACAGACAGCGAGUUGAGUUCUUAGGGAACAAACACACGACUUGUGGCAUAAAGAUCAGCAACGUGAGCAGAGAGGAGAGCGGCUACUACAAGUUUAGAUACGAGGAGGGAUGGUGGAUUGAUAGUAAAUGGACUGAUUAUAAAUGGACACAAUUACCUGGAGUGAAGGUCACAAUCACAGGUCUAAAGAUUAAAGCAACACCAAUGACGUUAAAAGAAAACGAAGCAGUGACCCUGGAGUGCCAAAUGAAUUGCAGUCUCACCGACCGCGUCUUCUGGUUCAGAAAAGGACAACAUUUAAAAGAAACCUCACAGAAACUUGAGCUUCAGAGAGCCUCCUAUGAGGACCACGGCAGUUACUGGUGUCAGACUGGACACGUCAGGUCCCCAAGUUUUCUUCUGAAUGUUUUCUAUGCCCCCAGGAAUGUUGUCAUCACAGGACAUCCCACCACUGGUAUAGAAGAAGGGACAUCGGUGACUUUAAACUGUACAGCCUUGGCCAACCCACCAGGCCGCUACACCUGGGUCAAGGAGAACAGCGGCCAAGUAGGAUCAGGGGAUCAACUCCACAUCAGCAAGUUUAAUGCGAGUCACGCGGGGUCUUAUCACUGUGAAGCCACAAACGACUACGGGACGACAAACUCUACAGCUGUCAACCUGACGGUAAACGAGAACAGGAACACAAGUUAUGCCUUAACUGCUGUACUUAGCCUUAUUAUCCUAUCAGGAGUCUCUUUUGGGAUUUUUAACUUUCUAAGGAAAAGGACUCAGAAGACAAAACAGCAAAAAAGAGAAACCCAAGGAAGCAAAGAGAAUGUAAGAGAUAACGUGUAUGAAGAAGUGUCGGCACAAAAAGAUAAACCUGUGCAGCCGGAAGAAGGACAAAGAGAAGAGGAGACUUUGAACUACAUGACUGUGCAGUUCAAGGGUAACCCUGACAAAAAAAUACAAGUGAAAGAACAAAAAAAGAAGGCCGAAGAGAUUAAUGGAGACGUCAUCUACAGUUCAGUAUUUACAAAGUGAGGAGGUGUGUGUGUUUGAACCAUGAGUGUGAAGACUGGCUGAAUGCAGCUGGAUUACUGGGAGAAGCCAAUGAAUUGUUGGCUUUAGUGAAAUGGCCGUCUGUGGACAAGAGGAUGUCCAUAAUGUGAACACCUUAAUGACCUCCUAACUGUAAAUGGAAAACUAACUCUGCUCUUACUGGGCAGAGUUAAUGGUCGCUAUUUAUGUCCAUUGCUAAUAUAAUUCUUUUCAGAAAAGAUCAGAUGAACUUUGUCUUCUCAUCGCUUCACUCAUCCUCAAGGUUUGAUGCCACCUUGCACUUGCAUUCAUGCACUUAAACUUUGUAAUGAAGUGUUUUUGAGAAUAAAGACAUGGAAAUCUAAUCCGUA